UAGAUGCUCUUAACCCACGGCUGGUUGGCACCUGGACGCGCAAUUACGCACAGCUGCAAAAAAAAAAGCACGAACUCACCGUCCACAUUUCAAUAGCAGGAUCGCUGUAUUCUGACUUUUUUUUGCAGUAUUAAGGGGACAUUGGUCUUUUAGCCUUCUAUGUGUGUGGAUAUCUUGCUGCAAAGUCUCUAGAAAGUGAUGAGCAGUUCGGAGCCAGGGAAUGUGAUCUCCUCUUAAACUUCUCUUCGCCUCUCUUCGUCUCCAUUAAAACCCUCCAUUAAAAAUGCAAAUCCUCCUGUACACAGCCGUGUUCCUGUACCUCAAGGAGUCCGCCGGCGCAGAACCGAAAGACAAGUGUCCUACGCGGUGCGAUGUGAGUACCUGUCCGAGCCCCGGCUGCCCCAGCGGCUACGUGCCGGACCGCUGCAACUGCUGCCUGGUGUGCGCCCAGGCGGAGGGAGAGCCGUGCGGCCGCAAGGACGACCUGCCGUGCGGGGACGGACUGGAGUGCAAGCACCCGGCGGGCAAGCGCCUCGCCAAGGGCUUCUGUCGGUGCAGGUUCCGCCAGGACGUGUGCGGCAGCGACGGGAAGACGUACGGCAACGUGUGCCAGCUGAAGGCGACCAGCAGGAAGGCCCAGCAGCAGGGACUGCCGGGCGUCACCCAGGUCCAGAAAGGACCGUGUGAGAACACCACAGGUCCUUCACAUGCUGCCAGUCCUCGUUACAAGUUCAACUUCAUAGCCGACGUGGUGGAGAAAAUCGCCCCUGCUGUGGUCCACAUUGAACUCUUCCUCAGGCAUCCUCUCUUCGGCCGGAACAUCCCUCUGUCUAGUGGAUCUGGAUUUGUGAUAUCAGACAACGGACUGAUUGUUACCAACGCCCAUGUAGUCUCCAGCACUACACCAGUGUCUGGUCAACAGCACCUCAAGGUCCAGAUGCAUAACGGUGAUGUUUAUGAAGCCAACAUCAAAGACAUUGACAAAAAGUCAGACAUCGCCACCAUCAAAAUCAAUACACAGAUGAAACUGCCAAUAUUAUUCUUGGGACACAGUGCAGACCUGAGGCCAGGUGAGUUCGUGGUUGCAAUCGGCAGCCCCUUCGCCCUCCAGAACACCGUCACCACCGGCAUUGUCAGCACUGCGCAGAGAGAUGGCAAGGAGCUGGGCCUAAGAGACUCCGAUAUGGACUACGUCCAAACGGAUGCUAUUAUCAACUACGGGAAUUCAGGAGGACCUCUUGUCAAUUUGGAUGGGGAGGUGAUUGGCAUCAACACCUUGAAGGUUGCAGCAGGAAUCUCAUUUGCCAUUCCCUCCGACAGGAUCACUCGUUUCCUCAAUGAUUCACUUGACAAGAACAGCAAAGAUGUAAGGUCAAUAAAGAAACGUUUCAUUGGCAUCAGGAUGCUGACCAUCACACCAACGUUAAUUGAAGAGCUUAAACAACAGAACCCAGACUUCCCUGAUGUAACCAGUGGGAUUUAUGUUCAUGAAGUUGUCCCUCACUCACCUGCACAGAAAGGCGGUAUCAAAAAUGGAGACAUUAUUGUGAAACUUAAUGGCAAACCUCUGAUGGCCACGGCUGAGCUACAGGGGGCACUGCAAGAGGAGACAGCCCUACUUCUGGAAGUCAGGAGGGACAAUGAUGACCUUCUCUUCAACAUCGAACCUGACGUUAUUAUGCAGUAGACAUCGGAAGCACCAUUCUCUUGUGCAGUUGGACCAACAUGUAAGGCCUUAUUUUUGUGAAAGAACACGGUGGAUGGUGGAAACUCUGCGUCAGUGCAGUGUAACUUUCGUCAAGCGCACACAGAUUCUGGUACUUUGGCGACUGUUAACUGUACCAAGGUAAAAUAAGCCCAUGGGCAACAUGGUGCAAAGCAGUUUUGGUAUCCAGGAUGUAUAGCUGUGCCUUACAUCUGCUCAGACCAGGUCAACGUUAGAACAGGUGCAUAGAUGUACACCCUACAAAAUCGCAUUAACCCAAACCCUAUAAUGUAUGUUGUGUUUCACUUUGAUUAUACAUUUUGGAACCAGACAAGCCAUUUGCUGUACAAGUACCUCAGAAAUAUGCUGUUGAUUUGAAGCAAUACUGGCUGUUUGGUAGAAUCGUAUGAUGCACAUCACAGAAAGGUUGAAGCAAUGUUGAUGAAUGUACAGUUGAAUUGAUAAUUUUCUAUUAAUUAAAAACAAACAAAUACAAAGGUGAUGAUGGUGAUUUCGCUCUGAAUAAGUCCACAAAACUCCCAUGACCCCUCAAGUAUCCAUCCAAGUGUAAAGAGCUUUUCCACUGUUCCAUAACAAGGACAGGUUUUCAUGGCCUGUGGUCAGCAUGCCAAGGUCCCCUAUUACAUGCCACCACUUUAGCAAUUCAACCGACAUUCACCUGAGAGAGAGAUUCAAAAAGGUUCAUGGCUUGCGUAUUUAACCCUCAGCCAUGGUGACACGCUGCACUUGACCUUUAUGUUAAAGUGGGGCCAGCACUUGCAGGGCAGGACCCCUGUUCUCCCUAAUCCAAAUCUAAAUGAUGUAGCUUGCUUCUCAAUUUGCCUAUCCAGAGGAAUCUCUGGUGAUGAAAGGAACUGAAACUCUUGAUUUACUAGUCGAUCUACACUCAAACUCUUAUCUUGGUCAUGAGCUUUGGAUGUUGACUAAAAGAAUUGUAUGCACAAGCAUCCAAAAUUAGUUUGCUUUGGAAAGUGUCAGGGCAGGGUACGGAUCUCAGAGAAGAACUACUGCUUCUUCAUGUUGAAAGGAGUUACUUAAAGUGUUAAAGGCAUCUGAUUAUGCUAUCACUAGGAUGCCUCCAUUUUGAAGUGUUCUGGACAUGUCCAAUUGAAUGAAGGCAAAAAGGCAGACCAAGAAUACACUGGAAGGACUAUAUAUCCCAUCUGGCCUGGUACAACUUGUGCUUCCCUAGGUUGACUAGGAGGACGUGACUGGGGAGCAGAAUGUAUUGGCUGCUCACCUGAAUGGAUGGAUGAUAAU